GACUCGUGAGAGGUCUGUUGAACAUUGAGUUUUCUUAUAUUACCCGCUUUUCAGGUCGAAGUAAUUCAGUAUGAGCGGUGAACCACAAGCGAAACGUGUCAAAAUGAGUGCUCUGGAGCAAUUAAAACAGUUUUCCACAGUAGUGGCUGAUACCGGGGAUUUUGAAGCUAUGAAAGCCUACAAACCUACAGAUGCCACAACCAAUCCUAGUUUGAUCCUGUCAGCUGCUGGCAUGGAUCAAUAUCAGCAUUUGCUCGAUAAAGCGAUCAAACAUGGGAAAGAAACAGGCAGUACUCUUGAGGAGCAAAUUGCAGAAACUUUGGAUAUGCUGAGUGUUCUAUUUGGCUGUGAAAUUCUUAAAAUUAUUCCAGGCAGAGUCUCAGUAGAAGUUGAUGCAAGAAUAUCCUUUGAUAAAGAUGCAAGCAUUGCAAAGGCUAUUAAGUUAAUAAAUAUGUUUGCUGAACAAGGAAUAAAAAAAGAAAGAAUAUUGAUUAAGCUGGCAUCUACAUGGGAAGGCAUUCAAGCUGCAAGAGAAUUGGAGAAGAAACAUGGGAUCCAUUGCAACUUAACACUGCUGUUUUCAUUAUAUCAAGCGGUUGCUUGUGCUGAAGCCAAUGUCACACUUAUUUCCCCAUUUGUUGGGCGUAUUUUAGAUUGGUAUGUUGACCAUACAAAGAAAACUUAUGCAGGCAAAGAUGAUCCUGGUGUGCAGUCUGUAACCGACAUUUUCAACUAUUACAAAAAGUUUGGUUACAAGACUCAAGUCAUGGGCGCUUCAUUCAGAAACACUGGUGAGAUUCGCGAACUUGCUGGCAGUGACCUGCUCACUAUAAGCCCUAAACUUUUACAGGAACUUGCUGACAAUGAUGAACCACUAAAGAGGGUUCUUGAUCCCAAAGUUGCUGCUGAAUGUGACAUUGAAAAAAUUUCGCUUACCGAGGCACAGUUUCGCUGGCAUCUUAAUGAGAAUCAAAUGGCUACUGAAAAGCUUUCUGAUGGCAUAAGAAAGUUUGCUGCAGACACUAGAAAACUAGAAUCUCUAAUCAAAACUUUACUCGCUAAAAAUUAAUUGAGUUAUACGUUUUAACGACGUUACAAUUUUUAUACUUGUUGUUUUCUUUAUUAGCAAUGGACGAAAUAUUUACAAAAAGAAACUUUUACAAAAGUUCUAUGGGUUGCCUGACUGGUGCUAUUAUUAAUUAGAAAUUAGUCGAGUGUGACUCUUAGGAUCGGGUUGCAAAUUCCGAAAUAAAAUAUAUGUGGUACAAUUAAUAUUUUACACAUAUUAGUUAUUCAAAUUGCGAAACAUAUACAGUUAAGGUUUUCGUAUUGAAUUGUUACGUCUUAAAAUAAUAAAAAAAAACAAGUGAAUAUAAUGUGGGAACAAUGAAAAUAACAUUCCAAAUUUAACUGAUUUUUAUGAUUAAACUUAAGCUUGGGAUGUGGAAUUUACUAUUUUUGAUAUUC